CAGCACGGGGCCGCAGUCCGCACAAUAAAGAAAAAAAUUGCCACGGAGUUAGGGGAACAGAGAAGCGGCGCGCGCGGAGACGGAGAGAGAGACACACGCCAUCCUAAUCCUCCUGGACGCCGAAGAGGCAGACUCGAUUAAUAGUCACGGUCGCGAGAGAAACGACGUCGUCCUCGCGCCGCGUUCCGCCUCGGGACGAGACUGCUGCUCUAAGCGGAGCUUCCGGAACGGAGGACCGUUCAAUGGACCACUGCCGCGUCUGGUGAUUACCUACUAUAGAAACGUUUUUGCGAUUCGUGCCAGUAUCCCGGUACCAAUCGUUUGGCCAACGUCGUCCGCGUUGCUCCUACGAACGUCGAGCGGUGCGUCGCGUCGUGACGUGAAACGUGUGCGUGCGUUCGAAUUGACAAGUUGCGAGACCGCGCGAAACAAACAUGAGACCCGGCGCGUUUCUUCUGUUGCACAUUCUGCUGUUAUGCAUCUUUUUCUUCGCGUCCGAGGCUAGGCUCGGUCAACAAGUCGCCGCCGAUGACGACGACGAUGACGACGACGAUUGGGACGAAGACGACGACGAAGACGACGACGUUGACGAUCAGACUUAUCAAAUGAAACCGGAGAUAGAUGACGACGGACGGAUUUAUAAGAACCCGCGUAACUCGCCGUCGGCGAUGUGCCCGCGGGACGAGGCACAAGCGUUACUCAUCGGGCAGAAGUGUCUGCGGAAAUGUUCCACGGAUGAGGAUUGCAAGAGCAAGAAGAAGAAAUGUAGAUGCGACGGUAUCUGCGGGAUGUCUUGCAUCAAGCCUGAGAGGGAAUGCCCGACGCUCCCCACAAUACAGCACGGCGUGAUGACUGUGACCGGAAGAUACUUCGGUGAUCGGGCACGUUACACCUGCGAUCCCGAUUACUUCACCGUCGGUCUGACCGAGCGAACAUGCAGAGCCGACGGCAACUGGUCCGGCACGUCACCGUCCUGCAAGAAGGAUCCGACUUCCUUCUGUUCACAGCCGCCGAAAGUGAAAAACGCGCGGCACAACGCACUCGUCGAGCAAACGACCUUCGACCUGGACAGUGACGUCCAGUACUUCUGUGAUUACGGUUACACGACCUCCGGCAUCAAGAAGGCGAGGUGCUUGUUGAUGAAUAAACUUGCCAGCUGGUUUGGUCCUGAUAUUACCUGCGAACCGCAGGACUGCGGUGCUCCCGCGGAUAUCGCAAACGGCUGGCAUGCUGGCGAAUGUUACACGUACAAUUGCCGCGUGUCGUAUCACUGUGCGGACGGUUACGAGCUAGUUGGGAAAGCGGAGAAGUUGUGCUUGGCAAAUGGCACAUGGAUUCCUAAAGAAUCGCCACAAUGUGUCCAACUUACAACAGUGGAAUGCCCGAAACCAGAGAAUCCAGUGAACGGUACGGCCGUAUACACUUCGUACGCGUACAAUUCCAUCGUCUCGUACGAGUGCAGGUACGGGUACACGGUGGUCGGCGCGGCGACUAGACGUUGCGGCGCUGAUAGAAAAUGGACAGGGAAGGCACCUAUCUGCCAAGAGAUUGACUGCGGUUCACCCGGCGUUCUGUACAACGGCUGGAUCGAGAACAUCGAGCGUGGAACGGGGCUGGGGACGAGCAUAAUAUUUCGAUGCAACGAUCACAUGAAGCUCGAGGGUAACACGUCGUCGGUCUGUCAGAUCGACGGUAAGUGGCGUUACCCUUUGCCGCAAUGUCUCGCGCCGUGCGUAGUGCCCCAGAUAGAGAACGGCAACAUCACGGUAGCUAGUCACGACCGGGAUCACAUUAACAACGUGACCGUGGUUGAGCACGGCGAACGAUUGCUGGUUUACUGCGAGGAGAACUAUGAGUUCGCUGCGAACAGCACGCCGGUGACUUGUAACAAUGGCACGUGGUCCAUAGUGCCGAGUUGUUCGCCAGCUAGAUGCAAAGUGCUACCCAAGCCCCCGAGGGACGGUAUGGUGAUCGCACCCAAGACCGAUCACGGCAUGAAGGCGAUAUUCAAGUGUAAGGACGGGUUCGAGUUGGUCGGUGGUGGGCCGUUGAACGCGUCAAAGUCCGUCGAGUGCCAAUACGGAAAUUGGAUCGGCGACAUUCCGCAUUGCGUUCAAGUCUACUGUCCGUUCCCCGGUUUCCUCGAGAACGGGAAGGUCUUUCUGAUAGGAAACAUGGGAGUCUACGAUUACAGACCCUACGUGAAGAAGGUUGUGAAUAACAAGCAGAUCAUGUACGACUGCGAUAAAGGAUACGUGCUGGACGAAGGUCCGACCGGUGCAACCUGCAUCAGAGGAAACUGGAGUCCUAAGGAGCUGCCGAAGUGUAUCCCUGGACAACAUCCUAGGCUCAGAUGGAGCAGGCGGCGGAGAUCUGUGAAUGAAGAGGAUAUUACGAUGAAUUAUAGAAAAUUCAUUGAGUUCUUCCGCAAAAUCGGCAAGAAGUUACUCCACCUGGAGAUGAACAAGGUUAAGGAGCAUUCGAAGCAUAAACUCGAGGCGAAGAAUUCCAAUUCCAGUCACCACAAUGGCACAGAGGCUCUGACGUGGAAGAAGCAUAUGGGACAUGGGAACAGAUCCCGACUUCGCGAGGAGAAGAUCCUUAAAAUCGUGUAUCGAAAGCUACAGCGCAUGGAAGCCAGGCAUUCGAGCAACUCCACCAAUGGCAGCAUGCACGAUCUCCUUAACGCCAUGAGUAAAAACUUCUUCCACGUGGACCUGUCCGAAUCGCGGAAGAACAACUCAAGUCGAGGUCGUACAGACUUCGAGAUUCGGAACCAACGUGAGUUCAUCAAGCUGAAGCGUGAGUUCGAAAGGAUCAUGCGAUUCUACAACAAAUCGAUGCGCUGGAACGAGAAACAGAACCGCAAGGACUCGAAGAAGAAAGGGCAGUCGCACGGCGAUAAGGGGAAAAAGUCGAAGGACAAGAAGAAGCACCGCAAGAAUUAUUAUAAAGGAUUCUACGAGUUCGUGAACAGUUACGUGACCGAGAAACUGUCGAUGUUGGAAGCUCGAAACGCCACUGAAGAACUGAUGAAGAAUAUGAAGAUCGAUAAGUUCACCGUGCGAAACGGGACCACGUUCACCGUAGCCGAGAUGUACGCGUUCUUCAAACAUAUCAUAGAGGCUAAACUGAAUAGUACUGAACAGGAGGCGACAGAGACUUCGUCGAUCGCUUCCCCUACUUUUGCACCGAGCGUAACCACUGUCGUCAUUGGUAACGAUAGUAGCACGGUGAUGACAUCAUUAUCGAGCACGUCGACGACGAGCAGUACGACGACCACGACGACCACGACGGCGCCCAAGAAGAUCGAGUUGCACGGGAAUCUAUCCUCGACGGUGGCCAGUAACGAACCGUCGAUGCUGGACAACGAGAUCCCAGCCAAAGACAGCGUGCCGAAACAUCGCAGUAAGCGAAUACGGAACGCGUCCGAGGACAACGGCGGUCCAUCGAGGCAGAAAAGGAGACUGCUGUCUAUAAAGGGAACACAAGUGGCGGCAUUUACCAACAUGAAGAUCCCCGAGGUGCCGCCGACGCCUUCCUCGUCGCGGCACAACAAGAAGCAGAAAAACUCGAGGGGGACCAGGGCCUACGACGACGAGAAGGCUAGGAUGUACACUCUCAAAGAGCUGGAGGCCCAGCAGCAGAGUCGCUCGAAACGAUUCCUGUCACCGUCCGAGCUGGAUAAUCAAAUAUUUCUAAAAAACUUGUAUCUGCAUGCGUACGAGGACGAAUAUCGGUCGAACGUGAAACGAUCGAUCGUUCAGGAGAAUCAGACGAACGAUCAAGAGCAACCGGCCGUCUACAGAAGGCGUAAGGGCAACCUCGACGCCUACGAAAUCAAGUGAACGAUACGAACGGGAUUUAAUUGUGUUGUGAUAACUGUCGACGGGAAUUAUACUGAAAUCAUUAAUACGGAAAUAUCAAUCGAUUUUAGGCGAAUAUACACCAUUAUACGAUAGGAUUAUUAAUCGUUGUCCUUCGUCGAUGCGCAUUGUAAGACGUGUAUCGCGCUUUUUUCAAUGAAUCAAAUCUUUUUCCAUUUGCGAAUCUUGGUAAGAGAAAGUAAGAACCGGGAUAAUCAAUCGUCGGAUUGUUAUGACAUUUAAUCGUCGUCGCGGUGUGAGCUGAUAGAAGUGUUAGAAAUUUGUUCCACUUAUCUUCGUGCAUUCGUUUCUCGUUGUGAUAGUUGAUGGUUACUUGGGAAGUGAAUGAUUACUCGAUGUUUUACCCAGAAACGUGGGAGGAGUUAUAUACGUAGUGCGUAGCUAACCCCGGUGCAGUUGAAAUCGUCGAUCAGCUGGGAGAGUUGAAAAUUUAUCACAGGGUCAUCGAUUGACGUUUAAGACUGAUCAACUUCGAAUUUUUAAUAUGACUUAUAGGCUUCCUUGACUUUUUCCUGUCUAAUAGGAGAAUUACGGGAGUUGAAUGUUUAACAAGAUGUUAAUUGAAAACGUUUGAUGAAAUUUCAUUGCUUUCAUUGGUCUGUGAUACUUCGUAAAAGCACUUGUUUCAUAGCAUAAGACGUAUAGUGAUAAUUAAUGGAGCAAGAAUAAAAAAUCAAAAUGGGGUACGGUUCGACUGCAAGGGGUGUCAGGUUUUAGAUGAUAGCGAUCGCUGCACGUAGGAAGAUAAUAAUUGCCAUCGUGCGACAGCGCGUUUUAGUUUUUCGCCGUAGCCAGCUCGCAUCGCAUAAAAGUAUUUUAAGCUCUUCGAGAAAUCGUAUUAGUAGAGGAUACGUUAACGUAUUUUAAGUGUGUCGUGGGAAACGCAACCAAAACGCAGAACAUAAAAAUGAAAAAAAAAAAAAACGUUAUAAAUAUAUAUUGAAAAUAAUGAAAAACGAACACGUUCGGAACUUGUUCGAUCAAACGAUCUUCCGUUAAAUGAAUCGGUUAAGUUUUCUCGAACCGCGAGGCUGUGUUUGUUAAACUGUCGUAUCGAUUAAAGGAGUAUGUAUCUAGGUUUUUUAACUGUUAUUAUCGAAAAGAACCCAUUGCAACGUUGUAUAUACUAUACAUUCACGUUGAUUUCGCGUCUCCCCUCGGUUUGAUAUGUCAAAACGAUAAAAGGAUGCAUUACACAUAUUAUAUAUACACAGUCGUAUCAAUACUCCCGUCCUCGUCUCUACGUAAUUAAUUUUUACUUGCGAACGUACACACACACACGCGAAACAUUUGUAUCGAUCGGACUGAUCGGCACUUACGCCACGAACACGUUGAUAAUCAAAUCACACACACACACACACACGAACCAUACAAACAUGUACGCACGGAUACUCGUGCAUUUUUAUGAACGACAAGCCAUUGGUCAAGUAUCAUUAGUGAAUAAUAAGUAUUAUGAUACGAACAGUAACUAGGAAUGUGUACAUUAUUACUUACAUAUAUCCCAUUUGUUAAUUCAUUCGCGUCUCAUGAAAUUAUACAUAUAAAAACUUCUUCUCUUUA